GAGAGGGAGGGAGGUUUGCUUCUAAGAGCCCGUCGUCAGGGAGGCCCCGACGGAAACAUCUCGAGUAGAACUCGGGCUGGAGGAGGAGAAGAAACAGCUCAGGAGUCGGAGCCAUGUUCGGGGGGCUGUCCAGAGUCUUCGAGGAGGAUCCCUUUUUUCGAGAUCCAAUUGCUGCACACAAUGAUCACAUGCGUCGUUUCUUUUCUGAACCUUUUGGGCGAGAUCCAUUUCUUGCAAUUAAAGAUGGAGGAGAAGGCGCUCUAGAUCAAAGACGAUGUCCUGAUUCUCGGAUUGCUUUGAGGGACAAUCACAAGGCAAUGAGCUGUUCCCUUAUGCCUUUUGGCUGUUUUGGUGGCAUGGUAGCGAGUUUUCCACUUAUGCCUUUUGGCAGUUUUGGUGGCAUGGCCAUGAGUUUUCCCCUUAUUCCUUUUGGCUGUUUUGGUGGCAUGAACAUGGAUUUCAGGGAUCAUUUCUCUGCAGUGGACAGAAUGAUGUCAAACAUGAGACAUGGUGGUAUGAUGGAACUGCACAGGAAUUUUGAUAAAAUGGCACUUGAUCCAAAUGCGCACUCAUUCAGUUCUUCCUCAGUGAUGACUUAUUCCAAGAAGGGUGAUGAACCUCCAAAGGUUUUCCAGGCUUCGGCUCAGACACGUGUGGCUCCAGGGGGGAUUAAAGAAACCAGAAAAGCACUUAAAGAUUCUGAAAGUGGGCUCGAAAAAUUAUCUAUUGGUCAUCACAUUCAGGAUCGUGCUCAUGUCAUUCAGAAGGCAAAGAACAACAAAACUGGUGAUGAAGAACUGAAUCAAGAAUUUGUCAAUUUAGAUGAAGCUGAAGCCCAUGCAUUUGAUGAACAAUGGCAGAAGGAGAUUCUGGGGUUCAAGCCCUCAGGAACAAGGCACAAUAUAGAUGCACCAGGACAUAGAAGUAUCCAUCAUGUAAGCAAGGAAGAUGCAACAAGGAGAGAGAAGACCCACUCAAGGAGAGCCAUCGAGGGACCCAGGAGGCCUAAAUCUUCUGUGGAGAAGCUCAAUAUCAAGGGAUCACAUGUUCCUCUCAAAACCAGCAAAAAAUAAAUUGCUGUGUUGCUUUUCAUAUUUAAUCUGGCUGUUUCUUGGGAGGACCCAAUAAUUCUGGAUCAACAACUAAGACCAAGUUCUCUGUUUUUAGCAGUAGUGAAUUUUGCUCUUUGACUAUUGAAUGUUUGUGAUAGCGCCACCUCCCCGGUACUGUUUGGCUUUGAGAAGUAAAGGAAAAACAUUCAUACUGGAAAGCACUUUAUGAAGUUCUUAUUUUUUUAGUAUGAGGAAAAAUUUCAAAGCAGAUAGUUUCCAUUCACUGUGCUCUAGCAAGCUUGGAAACAAAAAAAAAAGAAUCAUUGCAGCUACAGGUGCAAGUCUUCAAAAGAGUACAGUUGAUAAACUGCUGUUUGCAACUCAAGCAGUACUGAUGUGGUUUUGAUGAAGAGCCAAUCAGCCAAAGUCUAGAGCAUUGUAAAGAAGUAUCUAGAACUGUUAAGCAAUACUUUACGAAGUAGCAUGUGUAUUACACUUCUAGUCUUGCAAAAAAAGUCAGAUAAACUGCAUAAAUAAAAAUGAAUUUUGUCACCAUUCUCUUUAUUUUGCAUCUCUCUUAAUACAACAACCAUCUCUCCUAAAUUGUUGGUCAUUCUGUUUCAUUGGAAGAUAAUGUUAUUUCAGCUCUGCCAUGCUGCUUGCUAUGUUUAACUUGCAUAUUACUAGCCCCUUUCCCAUAGCAAUAAGCAACUGUGCUAAUUCAUUAAAAUGACUUUUAACUAAAUGACCAAAUUGGAGUUAGGAGCCAUUCAUGAGCUAAUGAACAACCCAGAAGUAUAAUUUGUUGUCCUUGUGAAGGAAAAACUGUUUCCAGAUUUUCCACAUUUAAUGAUUAGGUGAAAUGGGCUUUUAAAUGAAUCGUGAAUUGAAAAGCCAUUAAGUAGACUUCACCCAGUUUCCAUAUUGCAUCUGAUUGUUACCAAUAUACAUUGCCUAAAUAGAACCAAUAAGGCUUUCUGGGAGGGUCAAAGAAUGCCCAGAAUCUAAAUUGAUGCAUUUAAGUGAUUGGGAUAUUACAUAAGUUCCAGUAUUGGGUUUUAAUUUUUAUUAACAUCUCCUGCUUAGAUCUCUCUCUUAUGGCUUGUACUAGUUUGUUUCCCCUCUGUUUUAAGAACACAGGUUUUCUUUUACUACCUAAUUAUUACAGUCCGAUACAUUAUAAUAUUAGUAAGUCACUUUAAGGUAUAGUAAGUCAUUUUAAGCUGCAGUAAGUCACUUUAAGCUGUAAUAAGGUUUAAGCUAUAAAGGUUUUGGCCAUUUGAUGCUGGUAGUGCAAACGGAUUCAGAAAGAGUAACCACUGAAGCCCAUUUUGCCUACAAUAUUCUAGAUGGGAGCAAAAAUGCACAAAAAACGUAAUGUGAUUGAGGGCUGUAUCUGCCACUACUUAAUGCAUCAUAUUUAGUGCUCUGCAUUUUCUUUUUUUCCUUCUCCAUCUCUCUUGACCAUGCUUUUGGUCUUGGUUAUUCAUUAUUAUUUGGUUCUUCCAUUGGUUGGUUUAUUUUAUUUUAUUUUGCAAGUUAUUGAUGAGAAAAUUGGGGGCUGGGGAUGUUCUGAUUUUUGUGGGGGGUAGAGGGUUGUCCUUCAAAACAAAAUGAAAGUUUGCAGACAAAAAAUGCUAAUGAUAUACUUGCUUUCUUAGGCCUAAAUUCAACACUAAGUUAGGCAUAUUUAAAUCCAUUGUUGGAUUUAGGCCAUAGUGAAGAUGCAGAUCUGUUAGACGUGUUUUCACUAAAAUAUUCAAGGGUCUUCCAUCCUCUUCGAGAUCUGACUCUAAAGAAUUUUUAAUGUAAGGUUAUACUCAGCCUGCUACCUGUAAAUACACCAGAUUAAGUGAAGUAGUGAUUCAUUCUCCAAGUUUGGUUAAGGCUUGUCAGUUCAGAUAUUGACAUUGGAAUUUUUAUGUGUUAUGAGGUUAAGAGAUGCAACAUAUACAAAAAGAAAAGGAAUUGUACAGCUAUUUCCUUCAAAUAAUAUUUCACCUGUUAUAGUUGGCAAUAUCUAUCUAAGUCAUACUCUGAAUAGAUUCAUUUAUUUCAGUGGAUCUACUAUCAGUAUUACUAUCGCUGGAUAUAACUUAGUGAUUCCACUCUUUAAAGUUGCACAGGGCAGAUAUUUAUAUGUAUGUAUGCAUGCUCUUGAUGUUGAAUAAACAUUAGAUUGCUAUUAUUUGAACUGACAGCAUUUCAUCAAAAUUUUCAAGUUAAUGGAGAGUUCAUGAAUAGCACUUGCCAUUUUAUUAAUAAAGGACUAUUCAACAUAA